AUGAACCCAUAUGUCGAAGUAACACUCAGCUGGCUCCUCAAGAGCUCCCGAGGCCAUGACGCAAAGGCAUUCUGCAGAACCCCGGCCUUCGCCGCGCACAAAGAACAAACCAUCACCGUGACCUCCCCGGACUGCGGCCCCUCGCCCGCCGCGCUCGCCCCGGCGUACAUCAGCGAGGGCGGCGGCCGGAUCCCCGCGCUCUCGUGGACGGCGCAGCCGGACAUCGAGAGCAAGGUAAGGGAGUGGCUCAUCGUGUCGGAGGACCCCGACGCGCCCUUGCCGACGCCCAUUUGCCACGGCGUCUACGGCGGUAUCGCACCGGACCGUAGAGGGGUCAGCGCUGAGGAUUUUGAGAUUGAGGAUGAGGCCAGGUCACUCCUCAAGGGCGGCUUCCACUGGGGUAAGGGACGCAGGGAGGGCGUGUAUGUCGCGCCUAGGCCGUUAAUGAAUCACGGGCCGCAUAGAUACUUCUUCGAAGUGGUGGCUUUGAGCGAGCAACUGGACAAGAAAUUGUUGGAAUCUCGAGCCACGAGGGAGCAGGUUGCAGAGGCUAUCAACGGGAAGGUUUUAGGUUGGGGCAUGUGGACUGGGAGCGCGGAGAGAAAGUGGAGUUGA